GUACUUCUACACUAGCGUAAUCGAUCUCAAUAAAGAAAGCGGAGACGUUAUUUUGAGUUUGCUCAUCGCUGCCGAUGAAUUAGAGAUUCUCGAAUUAAUUAAUCAUGCGAAAGCUAAUUUAAUUACAAGAAAAACUUGGUUGCAAAAAAAUCUCGUAAAGAUUAUGAAUACCGUUUCACUUUACGAAUCAUUCAAGAGCUUAGGCGAUUGUUGCCUUAAGAUUAUCACCAAAGAACCUCAAAAUCUUUUCAAAUCUAAUGAUUUUUUAUCUCUGGAGGAAUCAGUUCUUGUUUCUUUGCUCAAACGUAAUGAUCUAAAAAUAGAUGAAGAUGAAAUCUGGAAUUCAGUUAUCAAAUGGGGAACGGGAAACACUUUGAACCUACCCAAUCAGCCUGUAUCAAAAUGGACCUCUCAAAAUUUUGCAGCUCUAGAAAAAACUCUUCAUCGGUGCAUCCCAUUAAUUCGAUAUAGAGAUAUCACAAGUGAUGACUAUUUUGAAAAAAUAAUGCCUUAUCGGAAAAUUAUCCCGAAGGAUAUCGAAACAGAAAUCUUGGCAUAUUACCUUAAAAAUUUGACUCCACAACCUAUCAAACUUUUACUUCCGAGAUCAGGUUUCAUUGACUCUAACAUCAUUAAUUAUGAACGCGCUAAGUUAAUUUCAUCAUGGAUCGAUGAAGUAGAUAUCGAUCAUAACGAUAUGGCUCCUGAGCCGCGUUAUG